AUAAAUGGAGGAGCAGAAGUAUACGGCUCUUCAAUCUACAACAACCAAUUUCUUCAACUCUAUAAUCUUCAACCCUAUUAUAGAUUGUCAACUCCUCUCCCUACUAAUUCAUUACUUCUGAACUAUUUAUAGCCCCUUUUCUUGAUUCAGUUUUUGAUAGUCUUAGCUUACCUUUUGCUAGGAUUUUAGACCAUUUUCAGCCAUGGAUGAAAUUGAAAUCCCUUCACAGUUUCUUUGUCCAAUUUCUAUGCAACUAAUGAGAGAUCCAGUUAUAGUUGCAACUGGAAUGACAUACGAUAGAGAGAGCAUAGAAAAAUGGUUGUUUACUUGCAAAAAUUCCACUUGUCCAAUGACAAAACAAGAGCUACAAAGCACAGAUCUUACUCCAAAUCAUAAUCUUCGACGGUUGAUUCAGGCAUGGUGCACCCUCAAUUCUUCCAACGGGAUUGAGCGGAUUCCAACUCCAAAGCCACCAGUUGAGAAAUCCCAGAUUUUGAAGCUCAUCAAUGAAGCCAAGAAUUCAACAAAUACUCAGACCAAAUGCUUGCAAAGGCUCAGAUCCAUUUCUGAAGGAAGUCAAAGUAACAGAAAGAGCUUGGAGGCUGCCGGUGCUGUUGAAUUCUUAGCUUCAAUAAUCGAGAAAAAUGAUGAAGCAUGUGAUGAAGCAUUGAAUCUUCUAUAUCAUCUUGAUGCAUCGGAUGCAGAUUUGAAGAAACUCAUGAGUGAUGAUGGCAAAUUUGCGGAGACAUUAAUGCCAGUCUUGAAAUGUGGAAGUUGCCAAUCUCGAGCUUAUGCAAUAAUGAUGCUGAAGUCUGCUUUCAGGGUGGCAGAUCCGGUGCAAUUGAUGACUGCUAAACCUGAAAUUUUCAUCGAAAUAGUCCACAUUUUGAAGGAUCAAAUCUCACAACAAGCUUCGAAGGCUGCAUUGAAGCUCCUUGUGGAUCUUAGUCCAUGGGGAAGAAAUCGAAUAAAGGCAAUCGAGGCGGGGGCAGUUUUAGUCCUGAUUGAGCUACUUCUUGAUUCAUCAGAAAGAAGGGCUAGUGAACUUAUACUAACUCUGUUGGAUCAGAUUUGCAGAACUGCAGAUGGACGAGCAGAAUUGCUGAAGCAUGGGGCCGGAUUAGCUAUAGUUUCCAAGAAAAUCUUUAGGGUUUCUCAAGUCGCAAGUGAUAGAGCUGUGAGAAUACUUUUUUCAAUCUGCAAGUAUUCUCCAACUUCUAGGGUUCUUCAAGAAAUGUUGCAAGUUGGAGUUGUUGCAAAGUUGUGCCUUGUCCUUCAAGUGGAGAACAAUCAGAAGACAAUUGCGAGAGCCAAGGAAAUCUUAUAUUUGCAUGCUAGGAUUUGGAAAGACUCCCCAUGCAUCCCACCUUCUUUGCUUUCUUCUUAUCCGGCUUGAGAAAGUGCAAAAAAAAAAAUUUUUUGGCUUUAUUUGUAUAGUUUUCAUUGGUACACAGCAAAGGACUAGAUGUAAAUUGACAGCAAAAGUAUCUCGGAGAACCGAUUGAAUACGUUGGCAGUUGAGUAGUGCUUUUUUUUAAGCUAAAAUUUUGUCCUUUCCA